AGGGAGGGAGGGAGGGGGGGUGGAGGGGGUGAGGAGGAGAGAGGAGAGGAGAGAGCCUCAACCUCUCGGCGCUCAGUGGAAUCUCUCUCGCCCGUCCGUGCCGGAGCCGCCCGAUGCGCGGCCACCGCUACAGCCGCUGCCCCCCGUCGCCUGCCGCCGCCGCCGCCGCCAUGUCUCCGCCACGGAACGUCCCCCUCCUCGGGCUGAGCCCUCGAACCCGCUGAAUCGGACAUGCACCGGCGUCGCUCGGGAUCUCUGCCGUCUCGUCCUUUCAGUCACUGAUCCGCUCCUCAAGGAACCAUGGUGAGCAGGGAGGCCAGCAAAUGCAUGCUCACCAACUCGGAGUCUGACUCCGAGACGGCGCCCUCGCUGGGACUGGAGGGGAAGUACUCCCUGGACCCCGGCAGGCAGCAGGUGAGGAAGAGGAACAAGGCCCUGCAGGUGCGAUUCAAGGACAUCUGCGACGCCCAGAACGAGCAGGCGGGCGGCAAGGGGGGCAAGCCCGUCUCGUACAAGGUGGCGUACCGCAAGUACAUGACCGUGCCCGCCCGCCGCUCCAUCCCCAACGUCACCAAGAGCACGGGCGUCCAGACGUCCCCGGACCUCAAGAAGCGCUACCAGACCUUCCCCUUCGAGCGCAAGAAGGGCCACGGGCACUCGAUGAAGCACGCGGCCGGCUCCGAGGCCUUCAAGAGCCACAACAACGGCUUGGCGGCGGAGCCCAAGGGCGCCAAGUCCGCCGAGAGCGCGGCGGGCCCCUCCCAGUGCCGGGGCAAGGCCAGCGUCAAAACGCGGGCCCUGCUCCACACCAACGAGUGCAUCGCCACCGUGGAGCACCACGCGGGGGGCAACUGCGCCGACGCCCUGCUGCUGGGCUUCCCCGACGAGGCGCAGUGCCCGCCCCCGGACGUCCCGCGCGCCCCCGACCCCGGCCCGGCCCCCGAGGCCACGCCCGGGAGCGUUUCGCGGCCGAGGGAGGCCGCCCCCGCCCCCGUCCCCGAGCGCUCCGCAAAGCGGCAGCUGCUGAACUUCGAGGAGUCUUCCGCCGGGACCCUGCGGGACACGGGUUCCAAGGUGACGGGCCCCAUCGCCUGGAACUCCCUGACUCAGGUGGAGUGCCUGGAGAGCCCGUCGGCGCGCGGCAAGCGCAAGAAGGGCCUGCAGCUCAACGGGCUGCAGCAGGCGCAGUCGCAGACGCUGCCGCGAGCCGGCUGCCCCGCCCAGGCGCGGUGCCACGCCCGCCCCGCGCGGCCCGCCGGGGGCGUGCCGGACUGCGCCGGGGGCGGGCCGGCCCCCGCCGUUGCCGCCGAGGCCUGCCAGCAGAUAGUGCCGGUCACUCAGGACGGGGAACUUAAAGCACAGCUGCAGGUCAUGGAGAACCUGAUCAGCUCCAGUCAGGAGACCAUUAAAGUGCUUCUGGGAGUCAUUCAAGAGCUGGAGAAGGGAGAGGCCCACAGAGAAGGCCUCUCCUAUCGAACCGGACAGGACACGGCCAACUGUGACACAUGUCGGAACAGCGCAUGCAUUAUUUACAGUGUGGAGCUGGACUUCAAGCAGCAGGAGGACAAGCUGCAGCCGCUCAUGAAGAAGCUGUGCCCCACGGAGGAGCCUCAGUUCCCGCCUCUGCCUUACCCCCAGGAGGCCUUCACCUCCACCCCCAAACGCAAGUCCAAAACAGAGUCCAAGAAGCACGCGCGCUGGAAACUCUGGUUCCUAUGAAACUCGCCGGGCUUUUCGGUUUUGUUCCUCGCUUUUGAACGCCGCGGGGAGCGUGCUCUCGAACAUCAAAGGGGAUCCCGAAAAUACAAAAGAAAAA